AUGAUACAGACAAUGACGACUCACAGAGGUACUUAUAGAGUACAUAGACUCAGUUUUGGCAUCAAAACUGCACCAUCAGAAUUCAACCGCAUACUAUCUCAGAUCUUAAAGGGGUUACGUAAGACAGAAGCAUAUUUUGAUGACAUUAUUGUGCAUGGUUCGACCAUUGAAGAAUGCAGUGAAAAUUUACAAGCCUGUCUACAGAGACUCUCUGAUUACAAUUUACAUGUCAACAGAAACAAAUGCUCAUUUUUUCAAGAAAAAAUUGAGUAUUUAGGACGAGUUGUAGAGUUCAACAAAAUUAGUAAAUCUCCAACGAAAAUUCAAGCAGUCCAACAGAUGCCUCGCCCGUCCAAUACUGAAGAGGUCAAACGUCUACUCGGACUUGUGUCGUACUACUCACGUUUCAUCCCUGAUGCUUCAACUAUCACAUAUCCUCUGCGACGUCUGUUACAGAAAAAUAUGAAAUGGGAAUGGAAUUCAUCCUGUGAAGCAGCAUUUUUACAAAUCAAAUCAGAGCUCUGCAGUGAUCGAGUUCUCGUACCUUUCGAUCCGGCUCUCCCUCUAGUACUAACUACAGACGCCAGCCCUACAGGACUUGCAGCCGUGCUUAGUCAUGUCACAGAAGGAGAAGAAAAGCCCAUUGCAUAUGCUUCUCGUUCUCUUACAGUUUCUGAAAGAAAUUACAGUCAAUUAGACCGUGAAAGCCUCGCUAUUAUUUUUGGCGUGUCACAUUUCUACUAUUACCUUUUUGGAACUCACUUCACACUAGUAACUGACAAUGCACCCAUUUCACGGAUUUUCCAGCACAACAAAGCACUCCCUCAAAUGACAUCAGGACGUUUACUCCGAUAUGCAUCUUACUUAUCCGGGUUCAACUACACAUUAAAAUUCAAACCUGGCAAGGAAAAUGAAAAUGUUGACUGCCUCUCAAGAGCUCCACUUCAGCAAGUAAAUUCGACUGUUGAUGAAAUCAUUGCCAAUGAAGUCAACCAAGUAUACGAACAAAUGAUUUUCGAGAUGUCAGAUGAACACAUAACCGCUUCAACAAUAAGGAGUGAAACAGAAAAGGAUCCAGACUUAUCAAGAAUUGUAAAAGAUCUAAAAAACAAGUCUGAUGAAACAGAAUAUACAUUGGUUGACGGGAUUUUAUUUCGCCAAGAUCGUGUAAUUAUUCCAAGAAGCUUACGACCAUCAAUCUUAAAUGAACUUCAUUAUACCCACCUAGGUAUAACAAAAAUGAAACAGCUGGCGCGCCGCUACGUCUACUGGCCCAGUAUCGACAAAGAAAUAGAACGUAUUGUCAAAGGAUGUGAAAAAUGUGCUCUCACACGUCACAGCCCUCCCAAAGUUCCAGUACAUCCCUGGGAUACACCACAAGAGAAUUGGGAAAGGGUUCAUAUCGACUAUGCAGGACCGCUUGAUAAUACAUAUUUUCUCAUGUGUGUUGAUGCAAAAUCUAAAUGGGCGGAGGUGAAAAUCAUCAAAGACUCACCUACUAGUGCGAACACAAUUAAUCUUUUAGAAGGAAUUUUCUCGUGUCAUGGAUAUCCUCAAGUACUCGUUUCAGAUAAUGCUACCAUUUUCAAAAGUGAUAUUUUUCAAAAUUACUGCAAAACAAACGGUAUUUUCCAGAAAUUCAUCGCUCCAGGGCAUCCGGCAACAAACGGUUUAGCCGAGAGAUCAAUCCAAACACUAAAGAAUCGCCUGAAAGCAGUCUCAACUGACCAAACUCCAAUCCAAACCAAAAUUCAAAAUAUUUUACAAAGGUACAGAGCAACACCGCUAGCUUGUGGUCAGUCCCCGGCGGAACUCUACCUGCACAGAAAAAUAAGGAUAAGACUAAAUGCCAUUUUCCCGUACAAACCUCAACCUUCAACUACACAGUCUUCACCUGCACGUUCACUAUAUGUGGGGGAGAGGGUACAGGUCAAACUUUUCAUCAAUAAUAAAAACAUAUGGCAGUUUGGUCAAGUAAAGAAGAGGCUUGGGAAAAGACACUAUCUCGUAGUUCUCGACUCAUCUGAUAGAAUCCUGAAGAGGCACAUCAAUCAACUACGCCCAACGCUGGUACAGAGUCCAAAAACGAAAAAUGUUACAUUCGGACCAACGCAGUUGUUUGAUGUUCCCAGAAUUCCAAGACGACCAGAAAUACAUAGGAAUCCAGAUCCAGUUGCAGCUCCAGAAUUAAGGCAACCAGAAGAACAAUCUCCAGCAGAAAGAGCUCAAGCUGAGAAUGUCAUACCACAUCGUGAGCAAGCUGAUAAUACCAACGCCAGACCACAGCGUAAGCGUCACAUGCCCUCAAGAUUUAGAGACUACCAGAUUUGA